UAAACGAAGUACGGGCCUUAUGGCGGCUCGAAGAGAGGUACAACGUACAUCAGCCGGUAUACCGUACACCACAAACAAAAUAUAAAUCAAUCGUAGAUACAAUAAUAGCGAACGCGUCGCGCCUGCACAGAGGUAUAGCUGGAUCUACACCCGCCGCCCGCUCCUGAUCCCGAUAUUCCCAAUUUUCCCAAAUGGCUCCAAAAGGCCACCCCCGAUCGCACGGAAUCACCGAAUACCGCGCCUCCCUUUGAGGGGCGCAUAUGUCGCUGACCCCACACCACAGCGACUACCGCUACACCGGGGAAACCCCCCCAUCCCCCUUUUUCAAAACCAUUUCACGCAAUGCUACUGCGGAACCGCCGUCGAAAGUUGAUUCAUACACGGUGAAUAAGAACCGCUCUAAUUAUGCCCACCAUUUUAUAUGUGUAUAUAAAUCGUGGCUCGAAUAAAUCAGCCGUUGUAAUCGAAGGAAUUUUUUCAUUCACGAGAGGAAACGUGUCAGCAAAUUAAGAGGUAUAUACGCGUCAAUUAUUUUUUGCCCCAGCUGACAAUGAGAAGACUUCAACGCGUCAACUAACAUAGGUAUAAUAAUUCCGGUCUCGGAGAAAGUUUUAUGACCAUUUUUGCUUUGCCUCAAGAAAAUUGUACAAGGGAUUUUCCUAGGGGCGGGGGGAGUUAUUAAGGUAGGUAACUUACUACCUGGAUAAAAUGUUUUUGUAUGAUGUAUUUCCAUAGCUUAUACAACCAUCAAUAAUUUUGUUUUCAACGUAUGUACGUAUACAUGCGACUGCACGUUCGUACCUCCAUAUUUGUACAUGUAUUGUACAUGUACAUACAUACAACCAGGUAAGGUAGUAUAAAAAUUAAUAUAUUAUAGGUCGCGCGGUGCGCAGAGAGACAAGCGAACGAAAGUGGAAGAGACAAUUUUUAGACGGGUGGUUAGAGGUGGGGGUUAGGUGUGCAGGGGGGGUGAAGGGGGGGUAGGGGAGCACGUGCCCGCGCGUGUCUCUUGGCCGCUUCGUGUUUUACGAGCUUCCCUCAUAAAGUAUAUAACCGAACUUACUUUGCCUGUAAUACAUCACCACCGCUGCUCCUCGUCAUCCAGGUAGUUUUCUCCGUUUUACUUUCCUCGUACUCUCUGCACUCGUUCUACGAGUAUACAACGGCGUUGCAGGAGCAAUAGAAAAGCACCGAGGUAUAGAGCAGCGUUGACGCGUCUCUCUCAAGUUUGCCAACGACGUUAUCUACCCCACUAUAUCUUUGACAGUGACAUAAAUUUUAUCCGAAAACUUCAACCGCGAGGAUGAAUUUUCAACGGAGUUUCAGGAUAUCGUUCUCUCGUCGCACACCGCGGCAUUACGUUUUCACUAUCGUAUUAAUAAAGCUCUCUCCUCGGAUUCGGUCGUCGUCGUUUAGUCGUCGAAAAAUUUUCAAAAAAAAAAACCGACAUCGACGGACGAUCGAGAUGAAAAGCAAAAAAAAAAAAGGCCGCGGUAUAACGACGUGGAAAAUUUCAUUCAGUGCAAACUGAACACUGAAUCAGUUUUAACGACUAAAUGAAGUCAGUAGCUGGAAUCAUUUAUGGUUUGAUGCUUUGCCGGAGCGACUGUAACGUAGUGGACCCCAAAAGCAUUUUUUUUUUCUUCCUUCCCCCCCUCAUCGCAUAUCCCGGCGCCCUAUAGCGUCGCUGCACCCAUCGCGUCGCCCUACACCAAAAUUAUUAUUUAUUAUCGGUCUGGUUCGUCAGACCUGCACGUAGAGGAGGUUACACGGAAAUACGGGCAUUAUGUAUGCCUCGUGUGUAUAUACCGUAAUACGUAUACGUAUACGUAUAUAUAUACAUAAGUAAGAAUAUAUCUGUGCCGGUGUGUUGCAUUUGCGCGUAUAAAUGGAACUCCUAUUGAAUAUGUUCACGCGUCUCCUCGUGCGUCCACCACCUCCUAGGGCACCGCAUCGAUGUGGCCGCUGGUCGGCUGGCUGGCUGACUGGCUCGCCUGUCGCUGUGCGCUCCCCGUCAUUAAUCACUUUUUCGGAACUGUUUUACUAUUUAUAGUUUUUCACGCGGGAAAACCUCUGCCUUUCCCACUAUAUAUACAUAUAUGUAUACCGUUAUCGCGCGUUGGCGGCCGGUAAUAAUUGUUUGAACGAUAGCGUUCAUUAAAAAUAAGAAGAAGAAAAAAAAAUAGAAAACUAAAAAAAUAGAAAACACGUGAAGAAAAAUGAGAGAAAGGAAGGUGCGAGGUGUGUGUGCGCGUGUGUGUCCGUGUAGUCGAAUUUCUUCGGGUUUGAUAUACACGUGUCCGCGACCCAAAUGGAUUAAUACGUCUCACUUAGCAGCGGCGAGAACCGUGCAAGGGAGCUCGAAGCGUUUUUUCGAUGGAAUCGCGGUAGGGUAUACAGAUACGUUAUAGCGUAGCGUAUAUAACGAUGGAAAAGCAAACAGGCAACGAAAACUUGGAUUAAUGAAAAUCCAGAGGAGUGGUGCCUCGAGUAGGUAUAUGGGAGAAACGCGCUAACUAUGUACGCGUAUACCUCGCAUAUACAUACAUAUAUAUGUAUAUAAUGUAUACCCACCUCUACACCACGCGCUCGCCUACCUAGGAAACUAUCUACCGAUGGCAAACCCGAAACCGAAACCCCGAGUCUCUAUACCGGUCCGUGAUUAAUCGACCCCGCGAACUCGGUGGGUGCUCCGGAGAAGACGUCACUUGCAAGACUGCCCUUGCCCGGGGGUAUAUAUAUAGCUACCCCCGGCUGCAUCACGCACGACGCCUUAGACGUAAUUUCACUUCGUUCCCACUGUACCGCUCGUUGGAUUUUGUUAACAGCGUACUAGUGAGGAAAAAAAAAAAAAAAAAGAAACGGAAAUAAAAUGGGGAAAAGGGAUGAAGGAAUCGCGUUUUUAAACCACCCUCGAGGGGUCGGCCAUUAGUCAGCGAUACAUGAGCCGAAAAAAAAAAGUGCGGAAUCCGUAUCAAGAUUUUGCCGGAGAUAUUUCCCGGAGAUCGGGAAAUCGGUCCCCGAAAUCUGAACGUCCGCCGGUUGCCGCUGCGAGAGGAUCACCGACGGUUCGUUCUCCUAUAGGCGGAAAGGCCGCCGUAUAAUAAGGUCCCGGGUAUCUGGCGAGGGGUACACACAUGGCGCAUUGUGUCAAAAGCCGAGGGGGGAUUCCAAUAUGGGUUUUUGGAGAAUGGCGUUAAUAGUGGGAGGGGAUACGCGCCGCUAGGGGGGUGUACACACGGCAUCGAACGGUAUCGAGUGAAUAUAUAUAUCGGGGGUGGGUCUCCCGUGUUCCCGGUCGCCCUCGGCUCCCUCGUCGAGGGACAGCUGAUGCGAGGAAAAGGGAGAGAGCGAGACGGGUAGAUUUUUGACCCCCGGGGGGAGGCGAGCGGGGACAGAAAUCCGUCGCCCCCACCACCCCUCGCCGCUCUCCCAUGGUCCGUCUCUACUCUUGUACGUUGUGCGGUAAUAAACCGGUGAAAGUUUUUCGGGGGUGGGGGCACAUUGGCACGCGCGAACCCCCGGGUGGUGCCCAGUAGAGACGGACCCCGAGCCUCCGUAGAGCCCGAAAUCGUCGUCACGGGGUCGAACUACGGGGCACAAAUCAUUUUCGUUCAUUGUACGAAAGGUCGCCCAGCUUACUCUCCGAAGCGCGUACGUUUCCUCGCGCUCGAACACUGCGCUACGGACGUUCGUCGUCUGAACAGUUUUUACGAAUUUUCGCUCCACGGAAUUCGACGCGUCAUGUUUGGCAAAAAGUGAAAUUGAAUUUUCGAAAAAGUGGGUCCACGCGUCAGAAACGAGAUACUCAUUUGUGCGGUGAGAGUGUGCAGUGUUCCCGUGUGGAUUGUGCGCCGUUACGACGAUUGAAUUGCGAAGGUCAUGGCGAGUUCGGCGUACUUUUCGAACAACGAACCCGGAUAUUGGCCGUACCAACCGACACUCGCCGAGGCGGUGUCGAGCAUCCAAAAUCCUUUCUCGAGUGCCGAUUUUCAGUUUCAUCCCCAAGGACCCGCGGUCUACCCUACCAAGUCUUCGUCGAAUUCGGAUCCAAAUUCCGCGCAAUCGUCCAGUCUCCUCGAGACGCUAUUGCGACACGGUAAGAACGCCCUCGUCGACGGUUACGCGGCCGCGACGCCUUCGAACUAUGGGAAAAUCGUGACGUCACCCGUCGUCACGUCUCAGACUCCCCCCUACACACCGUCGACGAACGAGAGGACUUCGCCGAUGAGCGGAAACCCCCUUCUGAACGACGUUGUUCCGGUACAGGAAAGAUAUCGUCACUCCCGAGGAACACCCCUGCAAUCGGAUGUCGCGAACGUCGGAUACCCGCAAAAUUAUCAUCCCUAUCGAGCGCAGGCGCAAAACGAUAGCUGCACCACCACCGCCACAACCACCAUGAUCGAGUCCGCGUCUCCUCAGGGUUUUGAAAAUAUCCAACAAAGUUCGGCCUACCAGAAUUACGCGAGCAAUAACAACAACGUGGGAAAAGCGAGUCCUACCGACACCAGCGACUACGGAGAGGAUCAGACGCAACGUCAAGUCGAUUAUCCUUGGAUGAAAUCUGGCUACGGGAAUGCGGACGUGAGCGGUUCGGGUCACAAGCGUACGCGUCAGACGUACACGCGUUUCCAAACCCUGGAACUGGAGAAGGAGUUUCACUUCAACCGUUACCUAACGCGACGUCGUCGAAUCGAGAUAGCUCACGCUCUGUGUCUGACGGAACGGCAAAUUAAAAUUUGGUUCCAGAACAGACGCAUGAAGGCCAAAAAAGACGGAAAGGUUGGCUACAGCCCCCUCGAAAACGGGGCCACCGAAGACCUACCUUCGGUACAAGGUCAAGGGGCUGACGCCCUCCUAAUGACCAGUACCACGACGACAACUAUGAUGCUCCAUCGCUCGCAGGAUUUGAAUAAUUCCUCACCCAAUUCCGCUAACCAACAACAACAACAGCAGAAUUUGAUCCACCAACAAAGUCCGGUGACCGGCGCUAUACCUCUCCAACAACAACAACAACAGCAGCAGCAGCAGCAGCAACAGCAAAAUUUGCACGCCGCUUACUUGAGCUAUCAUCAUCAGCAUCAGCACCACAGUCAACACGAUCGACACCAGGGCUCGUACGGAAAUCAGCAAACUAUUCAGCAACAACAACAUUCGCGGCAGGACUUUGCCGCGGGGCAACAACGGCAGAUCUACGGGCAGCCGAACGGACUGGAUCUUCACGCUGCAACGUGAACGGGAAAAAGAAGGCCGCCCGGCCGGCUAAGAUCGGGCAGCUGACCCUGCAACGCCCGAUGAUUUAUGGCUAAGCGAGCUAAACAGCCGAGUAUCCAGCUACGGGGGCCGGUCAGGUAAAGACGGGCCAAAAGUUUUCUGCCUUACUUCGUUCGCCCGCGCGGCACGUUGUACCAGCUCCUUUGAAUCCUUCGGGGAUCUUCGAGAUCCUCGCGCCCGGUAGUCACCACGACUUUGUUGCUCCGUGCGCGAUUUCCUUCACGGGCAAAUUUUCCGGACAACCUCGACGGUAUGGCCGUUUAAACUUUUACGCUACCUUUGCCGUUUUCGUGAAAAUAUUUUGACGCAGACUCCGAAGGUAAAAAUUUAUACUCUCGCGAUGAUAUCGCAUUUUUUCAUUUUUCUCAAAUACACUUUCCUUCUUACUUUUUCAUUAACACUGGAGAGCUCCAACCCGUUUUUGCAAGGAUAACAGCGAAUUAGCUCUUGUUUAAUUUUCGUUUUUAGUCCGAUAAAAAAAAGAUCUUUGUACUUUCGUGGAAUUUUUUGUUUUGAGGGAAAGACUGUGUCGGAAAUACUCGUCAUCCAUUUUUUUGCGGGGGUGUAGGGUCGAAAGAUCGCCAAUGCUGUAUUGAAUUGAGAUUGAGCGUAAAAUCGGAAUCGGGUUAUUAUAUUCGUACGAUGACGUCGGUUGCGUAGCUCCGGGUCGUAAAGUCGAAAGAUCGGCCCGAUGGCAAGCGUAGGUCUAAGGGAGCCAUUCGGUGUAGCUAAGGGGUAGGGGUUGUAACGCAGCUGCGCGCAGCGUUGAAAAAUAAGAUGGCCGAACGCAUCGGCUGCAAGUGAUACUGCACGGUUGUAAUAUUGGCAUUUUUCAUAGGUACGAAGUUCGUUUUUUUAGCGAUUCUUUUUCACUUGGAAAUCAUAAGGUGUUGUUUGUGUUUUGUGAACCCGUUCGGGGACACCGGUGUUCUAGGAAGCCCUCGAGUCUGCGCGAAAAACUUUUGAAAAUUACAUCCGCCACAGAUUUGGCGGUUGCAGACGUUCGACGAUCGCUAGCGCGUUUUUGAAUGUUUUCUCAGGUAACUCCGUUGAAAAAUGGCUACCGAAAAUUUUCUAUCAUCGCGGCAACGACGGUUUAUAUUUAGUACAAUUUAUUCCGUGCUUUGUGCUUCGAUAUUUUCGAGAUUUCAGUCGGUCCGAAGUAUCGGCGUAAAGUAAAGUUUCAAAAGCGUGUCAAAUACCUGCGACGAAGCUAACGCGAAAAGUGAAAGUUAUCCUACGAACUUACGACAGCGAAUAUCUACCUGUGAAAAUAUGUAUAGAAGCUAGAACUGUACAACUUGUUGGACUUGCUGGUACAAAGGCUAGUCGAUAUCGUCAAAUUGUUCCUGUGAAACGUUACCGAACCUGUCACUCGCGCCGUCUGAUUCUCACCCCUCUGCCCACGUGAAUAAUAUCUUCCCAAUUACAAGUUUAUACUUUUGUACGAUCAUCGAAGCAUUCGAUUUUUUUCCCCCGAAGAUGCAACAACGAUACAGAAUUUCGAUUCGAACAUCUGGAACGCCAUUUGCAUUUCCGUUCAGAUAUCCUUGCGUAUAGUUUCGUCGAAAAUUAAUUUGAAAAAAUCAAUAAACUUGGCUGUAAACUUUCGAAUUUGCAUCGGAUCGUACGACGUUUAUCGUGUCAAGGCGUAACAGCGGAGCAGUCGAAAUUUUUGUGUCAAAAGCAUCGCGCGUGUUAUCUCGGCGUGUCCUAAAAAUUUCUUUCUAGUUUUCGUAACAAAGUUCUGGCGUCGUCUGUAUUAUAAGAUUACCGGAGAGCAGCUGCAGCGCUCGGUGAUUUCAACGCAUUUGGAAUAAAUUAUAGUUCGUGAUGAAUGAUACCAACUUUUUAGUUACUUUCACCGAAUAAGAUAAACCGAAGGAUUUUCUACACUUACUCUAUCAUCGAGUAGCUACAGUUCAUUCCAACGACGUUUUAUACGUUAAAUUAUACCUGAGAGUUUCUAUGAAACAUGCUCAUAUUCGAACUGCUUUCGGGCGGCCUUUCCUGUUCAAGCUCAAAGAAAAAAUAAUAAUAAUAAUAACAAUAAUAAUGUAACGUUCCUAUUAACAUUUAAGCCAUAGUGUAAAUAAUAGUUAGAGUUUAUUUAUAUUUAUAUAUACAUAUAACAUUAAAAUUAAACUACAAUUUUAAGCUACGUAACAUUAAGCUCUUAUACAUUAUUAUUCCGUGAAGUGCCAACAGAAACUCUGCGCAGUUACUGAGAUGAGAAGAAAAAAAAACCAAAAAAACCAAAAUUGAGAAAAUAUCAAACAAUAUCCGGUGCUCAGAGAUCUCUUCGCCUCUGUUCGUCGAUUCGGUGGAAAAAACAUUGUGAAAAAACUAAUUUCAGGAAACGAAAAGAGAAGGUAAUAGGUAUAGAAUGUUGAAAAAAAAAAAAACUGCGCA